UAGGAACUAUGUCAGUGGCCAGAUAUAACUUUGCCUGCUGUGAAAGAGAAGGUACUCUAAUUGCAAUACUGCAAUAACUAAGGAUUGUCAUUAAGCUAAUUGGUAACUGCAUCCUGUAAUGUAUGCAAACCUAUAAAUACUGCACACACUUCACGAUUUCCUCUGUUAUUAUAUCAAUCUACACUUAUUGUGUAAAAAUCACUGUCUAACCAAGACUGCACUGUCUCUUUUUAGGACUUAUCUAUGUGGUUGGUGGUGUCAGCCAUGAAGGGAUAGAAUUGACCACUGCCGAGGUAUAUGACCCCAUUGCCAGGCGUUGGACCUCUUUACCGCCAAUGCGUUACUGUAGGGCCUACCUGGGGGUUGCGGCUUUAGAUGACUGUCUAUAUGCCGUGGGUGGCUGGAACGAGAGACAGGACGCGCUCAAUAUUGUGGAGAGGUUCUCAUUUGAAGAGGUAUUAUGGUUCGGUGUAUUUAUUCUGUAUUUUACAUUUAAGAAGUUCUAACUUCCCCUUUCCAGAAAUGUGGGAUUAUUCAAAUACUUUAGAACAGGGUUCUUAAAACGAGGUUGUCCCCCGAUGAUGAUGUACUAGAACUCCCAUAAUUCCUUUGUCAGAGAUUAGUGGGGGGUUUACGCAAGCAUCAGUACCCCUUAAUACUCUACGGAUGCCGACAAAGUGUGUGAUCUCUUAAAAUAUACUGAAUAUCCAAAGUAAAACCGUGCAUGCCAGCCUUAGUUGGGGUUUUACCAAUAGUAAGGGUAAAUUUUCCCAUUUACUAAAAAUCUACAGUUUCUGCAAAGGCCAGAAUAAGGUCAGCUAUAAACCAUAUUCAGCUGAGGCUUGAGGGAUGUGUAGUACAUCAUUGCCAGCAGUUUGCUCAGUGAAAAGAUGCAAGCUACCGAAAAGCUUCACUAUGGCUUCUGUUAGUUUGCCAAAAAGUUAAUUUCUGUAUUUUUUUUUUUUUUUAAUAUAUCUAUAUCUCCAUAAUGGUUAGAGAGAGCACGCUUUGCAUGACCCUCUGCAGUAAUAAGGACCAAAUUAAAGUGAGACUGACCAUGGCCUCCAUGCUAGGUGUGUAGGUGGUUAUGGUGCUUUCAUGAUAACGUUAACGAAGUCAGAAGAAAUUCAUUUCCGUUUUCACAGUUUGUAGGCUUAUGCUUGUUAACACUUCCCAACUGUGAAUAAACUGAAAAAAACAUUAUUACGAGGCCUGACGUGCCUUCCUGCCAGGGCCUGUAUAACACGGAGUGUGAUUUUCUUUCCUCUCGUUUGUAGGAGCAAUGGGUGGAGAUUGCAUCAAUGAAGCAGCCCAGAGCGGGGGUAUCGGUGAUUAGCGUCAAUGGGUUGCUGUAUGCGGCAGGCGGUCGAGCCACCGUUCAGAACUUCUCGGCUCCAGUUACAUCUGACUCUGUGGAGGUUUAUAAUCCACACACAGAUUCCUGGACUGAAAUCAGCAACAUGAUUACCAGCCGGUGUGAGGGGGGGCUGGCUGUUCUCUGACAAACAUCCUGAAAGUAAUAUGCUUCUAUUGACUUUGAAAUUGCUUGUGCAAACAAAGAACACUUCCAAACACUCUGUAUCUCCCAAGCUUCUCACUGGAGGCACAGACAUCCUGCUUCUCAAAGCUAAUGUGAGAGUCAAAAUUUCCCUGAUUUAAAAAUGAGCUGAAUACUUAUUACCUGGCAUAUAGCAAUUGGAAUACGGUCUUAGACUUUGUUACAAACUACUGCAAUGGUUUAACCAAGCAACAAGGCACUUUUUAAUAAUGUAAGCUACCUGGUAGUUACUCCUGAUGGCACUUAUCAACUGAAAGAAGGAAAAAAAAAAGUUAGUCUUUCAUUGAGAAAUUAUUUAUAAGACUCUAUCAUUGAAAAACGUGGGUGACAGGGUCCACUUUUGAUAGGGACACAUAAAUUGAAUUACCUAUUUAAAGAUCACUUCUACCUCCUCCAAGAUGGCUGCUGUAAAAAGCAGCCAAGAGCAAUGUACCUUCACAAAGGACUAUUGGUGUCCUGUAACUAUAUUUGACGUAGAAUUGCUUAAUAAAUGAAUAGUUCAAUCAAUAAAAUUGAUAAUCAAUAGAAUUUAUUAAAUGAGGGCUCGGCCCAAGUCCCUUUUAAAGUUGUCUGCCAAUAAUGUACAUGUAAGAGGUACGACUUUUUCCCAGUCGUGGUAUUUGGCGUUUAGCACAGGAACGUCUAGAAGGCAUUUUCAAAAAAGGGGGAAUUGCUGGUCUUGAUGAAGGCACUUUUAAAAAGUCUCAAACAAUAGCAGAAACUCUGUAAAACUGAAGCUUCCAGCAUUCCAUGCUGCACAAUAUAACAGCAUCGUUUACAAGGAAUAUCCACGGUUUUAAUUGUAAAUUAAUUAUUUUUUUUGUGGAGGGUUGGGUUGAAUGUGCUCCAUUUGUUGCCGAAAUAUAUAUUUUAGUAGUUUUGAAUAAAAUUGUGUUAUUUUAUUGAUUGCAAUUGAGUAAUGUUUGUUGUAAAUACAAAACACAGGAAUAUUUGUUUUAGAUCUGCG